AUGCCCAAUCCACGUCACUCGUCGAAGAGUCCCAUCAAAGCUCAGGCCUUUGCGCUGAGCAGUGUACGACCGCCGCAGCGGCAAGGCGCUUGGCGUCCGCCCCCCGUUUCUUGUGCCGACGGCGUAACACUGUAUCAAGACUAUGUCAGAGCCCCACCUGGUCAGGUCGGGUUUUCGCUGAACACUUCGCGCCUGGAGAAUCUCGAGGGCCGGGAAUCCCUGCAUGUCAACGAUGGAGUAUACGAUGAAGCUCACUACAUAACGCCUCUGCAUUCCGAUGCAGUACCUGCCCCGACGGCGCACUCUGUGGCCCGAGAGAAGCAGGCUAAGCGCUGGGUCAUGGAAACCAUUCCCGCCCUACUGCCUGUCUACGUGGAUCUCAUGUACCGAACGGAGCGCCUGCGUCACCUUGAUCGUGCAACUCCGUCUACGGCCUCCUGCAUUUGCGGAAAACAGAAAGAGAUUCAGGUUGCAGAUUUAGACAAGGUUUCACUGCACCACUGUCCCUGUCGCCCAGCAACGCAGCAGCUUGUUGCCCGCGGCUUCUUUCCAAGCUCGCCCGUUGAACCGCACCUGGGUGUGGACAUGCGAGUGCUAGAUUUCACGCAGGAUCUGUUCCUCAACCAGGCACCGAACAACCGUGCACUGACCAAAACGAUUGAGCAGUGCCUGGACAGGCUAGGCUACAAACUGCCCAACCGUGAAUCCCUACGACGCCAAUUUGGCAAUGCAUUAGAGUACUAUGUCAUGCUGCGCCAUAGUACAGAUCAGGCCAUCGACAACAUCCUCGCCACCGUGCGGCAGGGGAUCCAGAAUGAGGACGACAGCCAUGAACGCCCAACCACACCAGGUCCGAUGAUCGCACGAACCUCUGUGCAGGAAUCUCCGCGGAAGAGAGGCCGCAGGGAGUGGGACUCUUCUCCGCCGGCUUCUCCAACUAAGCGCACUCGAGCAGCGCAACCAUCAUCUCCGACACGAUCUUUGUUGCCGUCUUCAUCAUCUCCGGUUAGACUGUCGUUGCCUUCAUCGCCCAGUCGCCCACCAGCGUCUUCUCCGGAGCCGUCAUCGCCUGUGGCCGAGUCAUCACAUCACACCUAUCCAUUCACACCGCCCGAGGAUCGCCCGCGACCAAGUGAAUACCUCCGGAGCCGAUGUCCCGCCUGCUUCGGCGGCAAAUGGGAGGACAUGCGGGUAGCUCUUGAUUGCAUUGUUUGCGGAGACGCAUGCUUCACGCAGAAACGGAACAAGGACCGAGGCUGUCGAGAUCUGGAGCGCAUGCAUCCCAAGUCGUCUUUCUUGCCCGACCAAGCGACGCAGAAGAUGGCUGACUGGGUCGAAGGAAAACGCCCUGCUCGUUCCGCCCCGAACACAGCUGCUGCACCGACAUUAGAAGUUGAUGAUGACGAUGUGAUCGAAGCACCAAGCAUUCCUCUGCCUCGAUCCGUGCUCAAUGAGUGCGAACGCUCCUUCGCUGCAGCGGAUGAGACUAGAGCGAAGACCAGUUCCCAGUUCUUUGACGAUAAGGGACUGAUGGGCUUGUCGUGUUGUCACGAUAACCUGCUGUUCCUAGCAAACAUUAAGACACCCGGUGAGCGACAAUUCUACAUGUUUGCACUACUUGAAGCUCUGUUCCAGCACCUGCCGACUGAUUUUGUCGUUGGCUUCCUUUACGACAUUGCCUGCCAGUUACAACAAUCUGCAGUCAAAUACGACUUCUUGCCUCCAGAAUACAUGGCCAGACUGGAGUGGGCUGUUUCUGUCCUGCAUUCGUACGGUCAUGGAGCUGCCUGCCAAGCAGUCUAUCAUCCAAGACGCCGUACUCUAUUUGGUUAUUCGGAUGGGGAGGGUCUAGAACGGUUCUGGCACUCCCUCAGCCAUCUUGUCUCUUUUCUUCGACAAUCAAAGAACGCAGGGAAAAUCGCCAUACAAGAUGUACUACGCAAGACAGUGGCAAUGGAUAGGCUGAAGAACCAGAUGUCGCAGUGGAAUGAAGCCAUUUACAAGGAGGACGCAGACCCCGUAUAUGUCGACUUCGCUUUGCAGGAGUACGCAAAAGCAGACGCCAAGUUAUCAAAACUUGCGGAAUCAGUGCGGAGGCAGAAGGCAGUCAUGGGUGUCGAAGACAAGGCAAACCUAGCGAAGCUGGUGAAGAGCAAGUACAUCCAGACUCGCACCAACGCCGCCGCCGCAAAAACAAGGUUGCGCAAUCGCUUGCGGCAGAGGAAGUUUGAGCUCGACAGAGUCGAGCAUGCUAAAAUGACGACUCACAUCGAGGAUGCCGUGCGACGCCGCGACCGAAGUAUCAAGGAUGUGUGCAGGCUAUACAACAGGCUCUGCAAAGAACUGGAAGAACUCAUCCGUCUUGGUCGUGCUCCACGCAAUGCAAUUGCUCCUAGAGAAAUCAUUGAGCAGGACAUAUGGGCAUUGGAUGUCGAUGCUGAAAUCUGGCUUGACGUUGGCCUGAUGGAGGCAGACGAGGAAACAGAGCCGCCACUGUGGAUGAAAAGUGACGCAGUUCGUCAGGGUAUCCAGGCCAUGUUGGAGCAGGACCGCUGUAACGAAGAGGAGCCGCGUUUGUUUCAUGAAUGUCGGGCUUUGCGCUGGUGGAUGGCCGAGGAAUGGGAAGUGGUGACGCGCGGAAUGAAGUUGGCCGCGGAAGACGGUGAAGCUGCGAUUGUCUAUCAGUUCGAGCUUCGCAAGUCUGAAUUGACAAAAUUGGCUGCAGCAUGGGAGAAACCGCUACGUCAGGUCCCGUAUCCCACAUCCGGGUUGCCAGCAUGGGGCCCGUCUGAGGAAGAUCUGCUCCAAGUCCGCAUCGAGGACAUGUUUGCUAGAACGUCGGUUGGCAGCUGGAAGGAGCCUGAUACGCCAUCAUAUCAAGAGGACAUCGCAUCAGACAGCGACUCUGGGACAGAUACCGAAUACUUUCCCUACGACGAACUGGACGCCUUCGAGCGUGCCGGUGAUUGGCGGGAGCUUCAGGGUAUCUCAGCGCACAUGGACUAUCCCGAUUGGCUUUAG